AUGAGUAUCGUCAGGUAUUUUACCAAACCAUCGGCACCCGAGUCACCAUCGUCGGCAAACAACAAAAGACGCUUAGAUCAGACCGUAGAUAAGGUCGACAAGAGGUCAAAAAACCAACGCUAUGAUGAUUUAAAGUGCCAACGAAAGUUUUUGCCUAAAUGGAUCGAUCAGUGGCCAUGGCUACAACACAGGCAAGAUAAAAUGUUUUGUCAAGUUUGUUUGAAAUAUCCUAGUAUUGCAAAACCGUCGGAAUCAAUACGAUCACAUGAAAGCAGCCGCCCACACUUGGAGUGCUUUGCGUAUUUUCGUAGAGACGACGUCACACAGGUCAUCGGAAGUCCCAACGAGUUGUCAUCUCCAAAUAUAAAUGCGACACCUAUCGGGCUUGCUAUGCGUAAAUUGAAUGACGACCAGCUACGACGAUACAGCAACCUUUUUAGCACAGUGUUUAUGCUUGCCAAGUAUGGGAAACCGAUGUCAGACAUGCCGAUGCAAUGUGCCCUGUUGAGGAAAGUCGGCGCAGAGAUCGGCGAUAACUACCAGAACGACAAAUCUGCUAGUGCUUUCCUAACACAUAUCGCCGCUGUCAUCAAGAAAAACAACAUCCACGAAAUUCAAGAUGCAGCUUUCUUGUCAGUAUUAGCUGAUGGCAGUGCCGAUGUCAGCAUAAUCGAACAAGAAAAUAUUUUUGUUCGUUACGUUUCUAAGGGCGUACCAGUAACGACGAUGGUAAGCAUUGAAGCGCCGGCCCAUUCCCAUGCACUUGGUGUGUACGAAGCGAUCAAAGACGGCCUGAACUCUGUCAAUCUCAACAUGGAAAAUAUGACUUCGCGUGACAAGCCUGGACCUAAAUUAGUCUGUGCUAAUUUUGAUGGCGCAUCCGUCAUGCAAGGACGGAAGUCGGGAGUUGUUGCCCAUAUAUUGGAGGAGGCACCCUACGUUAUACCAGUGCACUGUAUUGCUCACAAGUUAGAGCUCGCUGUACUUGACAGUGUCAAGCAUCUUCCCGAAAUAAACAAGUUUGAGAACACCGUGAAAGGCCUCUUUAACUUUUAUCACUACAGCCCAAAGCAGAGACGGGAUUUAAAGUUAGUUGCACAAAUUCUGGACGAGGAAUUGGCACAUCUUGGAUAUAUCAAACAGGUUAGAUGGUUAUCCAGCAAGGUCAGGGCAGUUAAAGCCAUAAAGAAAAGUCUAUCAGUUGUGGCAUCUCAUUUGGAGGAUGUUGGUUCUGGGAAAGAUGACACUGCAGCUAAAGCACGGGGAUGGCUUAAAGAAGUACAUAGUGUGUCCUUUGUCAAAAUUUUACAUAUCAUGUUGGAUGUACUUCCAAAAGUAGCCGAGAUUUCCCAGAUCUUUCAGAGGGAAGAUCUUUUAGUUACUGAGGUCUGUCAUGAAUUAGAAGCUGCAAUAUUGAAAUUGGUGUCACUAAAAAUAAAACCUACAAAUGCAGCAAACAUGGGAGAAUUUUCCAGACUUUAUGAUCAUGACAAUAAGAAGUUUGGUAGUUUAACCCUGCAUGGUCCAUGUGCUGAAAUUAACUUAUCAGAAGACCGAGUUUUAUUGCAGUUAAUUGAUGGGAUUUGCAAAUAUGUAGAUAAAAGAUUUGACAACUUCUUUGAGCCACCUAUCUCCUACUUUGAAGCAUUCGACAUAACUCGUUGGCCAGCAGAAAGGGAUGAACUUGUACUUCAUGGUGUAGAUGAUGUCACUGCUCUAUUUAAUCACUUCAGUCCUCUGUUUACUGAGGAGGAAGUGGCAUUGGGCAUUGAGCAGUACACCAAUUUAAAAUCAAGGAUGAAAGAUCUACCUGUCACUGGGAUAUAUAAGAUGUACCAGCAUCUGCUUACUAUCAGGCCUCAUAAUCUGCAUGUUAUCUUAAAGCUGGUUGAUAUCAUGUUUACAAUUAGCUGUAGUACUGCAACUUGUGAGAGAUGUUUCUCUCACAUGAAGCAAAUCAAAACUGCCAACCGCUCCUGUCUAAAGCAAUCAUCCUUACAAGCUUUGCUUCGUACAAUGUUACAUGGGCCAACCAUAGUAGAAUUCAAUCCACUACCAGCAAUUCAACAUUGGCUUGAAAGUGGUGGAACGAAACAUAUACAUGGACACGCUCUUCAGCAUGAUGAAUCAGAGAACAAUAUCAUAUCAGUAAACAAAUAGCAAUAUUUGUGAAUGUGAUGAUGUAACUGUUAUGAAAUAAAUAAUGUAUUCCAUUAA